CGUGCGCCCGGUCGCCGCCGCUGUUGUUGCUGCUGCCGUCGGAGGAAGACGACGCCCCCGCCGCCAGAUGGCUCCGCCGCCGCCGCUGAUGAUGUUGCUGCUCCUGGGCGCCGCCGCCGCCGGGUCGGGCCCUCCGUCUUCCAAGUUCGCGAUCGCCUUCCUGCCGGGGCUGCCGAAGCAGCCGGCCUUCGAGCAGUACACGGGCUACCUGGUCGUCGAGGGCGACAAGCACCUGCACUACUGGUUCGUGGAGGCCCAGGACACGUCACCCAAGUCUGCGGACAAGCCACUGGUGCUCUGGCUGAACGGGGGCCCCGGCUGCAGCUCCCUCGCAGGCCUUCUGACAGAGCAUGGCCCUUUCACGGUCCAGCCAGAUGGGGCCAGCCUGAAGUACAACGAAUAUGCCUGGAAUAAGCUCGCCCACGUCCUGUACCUGGAGUCCCCUGUUGGCGUCGGCUUCUCCUACUCCGAUAGCCGAGACUACCGGACCAACGACACGGAGGUGGCCCGCGUCAACUUCCUGGCCCUGAUAGAGUUCUUUGGCCUGUUUCCAGAGCACCGCAGCAAAGACCUUUACCUUUCCGGAGAAAGCUACGGCGGGGUCUACAUCCCCACUCUGGCGGAGUGGGUCAUGCAGGACCCCAGCCUCAACUUGAAGGGAAUCACGGUGGGCAACGGGCUCUCCUGCUACGAGACCAACGACAACUCCCUGGUUUAUUUUGCGUACUACCAUGGCCUCCUGGGGAACCGGCUCUGGACAGACCUGCAGCGCUUCUGCUGUUCUCAGGGGAAAUGCAACUUUCACAGAAACCCAGAUGUGAACUGCACAGCUGCCAUGGUAGAGACAAUCCACAUUGUGGACGAGUCAGGCCUCAACAUUUACAACCUUUAUGCCCCCUGCGCUGGUGGAGUGCCAGGAAACUACAGGGACCAGGACGGGGUCAUCGUCACUCACGACCUGGGCAACAACUUCAUCUGGCAGCCGCUUCAUAACGCUUGGAGGCAGAAUCUGCUGAAACUGCAAGUUUCCAAGAAGGUGCGGCUGGACCCCCCGUGCAUUAACACUACAGGCCCCACCCUCUACCUGAACGACCCUGAGGUGCGCCAGGCUCUGCACAUUGAGGAUGAUGCACCGGCAUGGGAGAUAUGCAGCUUUACUGUCAGCCGUGGCUACAAGCGGCUCUACUUGAAGAUGAAUGACCAGUACCUGAAGCUGCUCAGCACUGGGAAAUACCGCAUCUUGCUCUACAAUGGGGACGUGGACAUGGCCUGCAACUUCCUGGGAGAUGAAUGGUUUGUGGACUCGCUAAAGCAAAAGGUGGAGGUGGCCCGGAGGCCCUGGAUCUUCACGGACGAGGAGGGCCAGGAACAGAUCGGGGGCUUUGUAAAGGAGUUCACCAACCUCGCCUUCCUUACCGUCAAGGGCGCUGGCCACAUGGUGCCCACUGACCAGCCGCGAGCAGCCUUCAACAUGAUUGAGCGGUUCCUCACCCGUCAGCCCUUCUAAGCCCGAGCUCAGGGAGAGCCUCUUUCCUGGGGAGAUGUCCUCCUCUCACUGCGGCUUGGCUGUCCGGAACGGCUCCUGUCGCGGACCUUCCCGGAAGGCUGGAGGGGCCCGGGGCCCUUGCCCGGGCCCCCUGCAGCAGAGGUGUUCCUCUCGCACGAUGCCCGUCCUCCCUCCUGUCUCUGCGCAUUUGCACUGUCCUCAGGGAGGAAGGAAUUCCCUUUCGCUCUCGUCUGCAGAGGGAUCUUUCUCAGCCUUAGUUCUUA